AUGACCCACUGUCCCAUGGGCUGCUGGAACGUUAGGGGAUUUAACUCCCUUGAUAGAGUUCUGGCUUGUAAGAAACUGGUUUCUGUUCAUCACCUUGACCUGCUCUGCAUUUUAGAAGCUAAGGUGCCUUUGGGCUCCGUUUCGGACUAUUGGUUUAUUAACUCGCACAAGAUUUUUGCUGAUGAAGACUCUUGCAAUAAUUUUGGGUGCUCUAACCCUGGGAGGAUUUGGGUUAAGUGGAAUUCCAGGACUAUCUCUUUCCUCCCCUUGCACUCUUCUUCCCAAUUAAUUCAUGGGGUGGUCAAUCACGUGAAUUCCCCUAAUAUGCCACCUUUUAUGCUCUCCGUCGUUUAUGCUGCUAACUCCCCCUCUGAGAGAGCUUCCCUUUGGCAGCAGCUUAUUGGUAUUUCCCCCAGUGUUGCUUCCCCCUGGAUCAUCCUGGGAGAUUUCAAUUGCUGUAGGUUGGCUGAGGAAAAGUCUGGGGGCAAUCCACUGAACAAUGGGCGUCUUUUAGAGAUGAAUUCGUGGAUUUUUAACACGGGUGUGCUUGAACUUCCCUCAACUGGCCUCUUCUUCACCUGGUAUAAUCAAAGGGUUGAUGACCCUAUCCACAUUAAGUUGGACCGAGCUCUUGUCAAUGCUGAAUGGUUGGAUCACUUUCCUUCAUCUUUCUGCAAGGUUGAACCCCCUUCUUGCCCGGAUCACUCCCCGUUGGUGAUCUUGCCUGGGAUCUGUUCUAAAGUUAAUGCCAGGUUUCAAUUUAAGCAUUAUUUGCUUAAUUUGGAUGGUUUUUGGGAUGGUCUGGUCUCAGUUUUUGCUGCUCAGAACUCUGGAAGUCCUAUCUCGGCUUUUUACUCUAAGCUUCAUAAUCUUAAAAACUUUAUUAAAUCCAAGAAGUGGUCUAACUCUUCUUACAUUUCGAGUAAAAUUAAGGAGCUUUCUUCUGCUCAAGCUCACUAUAUGGCACUUCUCCAACAUUCCCCUCUGGACCAAAACCUCAAUGAUACUAUUCAUAACAUUAACUCCUCUCUUUCUUGCCUUCAUAAGAGUUGGAGUUCUUGGUUGAUUCAACGGGCUAAAGCGGAUUGGCUUACUAGAGGGGAAGAUGAUUUGGGCUUCUUGUUUGCUAGGAUCAAAGCUAGAAAAUCUUUUUGCCGUAUUAAUGAGUUGUCUACUAUGGAUGGGCAUUUUUCUGAUCCUGGGAGUAUUGCAGCUGCGGCUGUGGAUUGCCACUGCGGCUGUGGGUUACUUUCAGCAAUUACUAUUCCUCCUCACUUGGUGGCUUCUCUUACUGCCUCUGUCACUGACUUGGAAAUUCAAAAUGUGGUUUUUUCGACUUCUAACUCAAAGGCUCCGGGACCGGAUUGGUUUACUUUUGAAUUUUAUACGGAUUCUUGGAACCUUAUUGGCAAUCAAGUUUGCAAGGCCAUUAAACACUUCUUCUCUACUGGAUUCCUUCUGAGGUCUGCUAAGGCCACUGCAACUGCUUUAAUACCUAAAGGGUCUCAUGCUAAUAAUAUCCUUGAUUACAGGCCUACGAAGCAAUGUGGGAAGAAGUAUUUCUGUGCUAAACUAGAUAUACAGAAAGCUUUUGAUACUGUUUCCCGGGAGUUCCUUCUGUACAGGCUUGCUAAGAAAGGUUUUUCUCCGUUAUUUGUGGAUUGGAUAAAAGGCUGUAUUGAGGAUGUUUACUUCUCUGUAGUCAUAAAUGGGGGUCUAGAGGGGUUUUUUCCUUCUUCAUCUGGCCUUCGACAAGGCUGUCCUUUAUCCCCCAUGCUUUUUUCGGUUGUCAUGGAUGCUUUCUCUUGUGCGCUAAAUGCUAGCAAUUUCAUCGGGAUUUCCUUGAAUGGUUUUCUGGUUAACCACCUCCUCUAUGCUGAUGACAUACUUGUGUUUGGAGAGGCUUCCCUUGAUAAUGCUACCAUCCUUAAUAAUGUUUUAUCUUCUUUUGAUAUGGAGUCUGGGCUAGCUGUUAAUUAUUCUAAAUGCUCUAUUUUGUUUUCUAGCCAUACUCCUUUAGCUAAUGAGAUCACCCAGCUGCUUGGCUUCUCCCCCACUGCCAAUCCCCUUACUUACUUGGGACUCCCCAUUUCUCCCAAAAAGCUUAAAGCCGCUCACUUCCAACCACUACUGAGUAGGAUUUCUACUCUACUUGAUGGUUGGAAAGUAAAAUUCUUGUCUUUUGCAGGUAGAAUUUAG